CAACCGUUAAACUCGUCGUGAAACCUUUUAAAAUAUAUAUGUAUAUAUUUUACAAAGCUGUACACUUUUUAAACGAUCUCUUAAUGACUCCGACAGCCUUUCUAGCCCAUUAUAAUAAUCUUCAAAUUAAACGAACGUUCUGGAAUAUGUUAAAUUGUAGUAAAGUUAUAUAUUUGCCCAUCUUACUUGUUUAUUUCCAAAGAAAAAAAUAUAAUCAAUAUAAGUAGUUUCCAAUAUAACGUGAAGCAAGAUAAUGACGUCAGUAGUUUACACUGCGUGGAAAAGCAGGUGAACGCGGUUGCUAAGCAACGGCGCUGCGUUCUAAACAAAACAACAUGGCGGACAGACAGAGACCCGCGUCUCAGGGGGCCAGAAAACCUCCGAGCUCCGGUUCUCAGAGACCUCCAUCUGCAGCGAGACCUACAAACCGUCCUGCUUCUGCUCCGACGAAGAAGUCAGCUCAGAUGGACCUGCUGGCUAAAGAAGAGGAAUACAAGAGACUUAACGCCGAGCUGGAGGCUAAAACAGCCGAGCUGGUGCGACAGGCGGAGGAAGUGAUGAGAGAACAAAACGAGGUGCUGUCGAAGCCCAUCUCAACCCACCUGAGCCUCGAUAUCGCAGACGACUCUGAGGAAUUUGGGGAUUCCCUCAUGCCUUCGGUGAAACAAUCUACAGCAAAGGCAGCGACAGAGAAAAAGUCUUUAAAAGGUUCAGGAAAGCUGAACAGACCUCCAUCAGCUCCCAGAAAGACAGCACAGAAAAAGAAACCGACGUUUGCGGAAGACGUUGCAGUGCCAGAGGAUUUUACAGAUUUCUCUCUGGCCAAGACUAUAAGCAACAUGGAGGGCAGAGUAAACGACGACGUCACGGACGAGCAACUGGAGGAUGAUGUCAUGCCGAGCGCCGGCGAAGAGAUGGGUGCAGAGGCUCAGAUUCGCUUCUUGAAGGCCAAACUGCGAGUGAUGCAGGAAGAGUUAAACAGACUCUCACACGAAUGCAGCAAGAAGGACGAGGAGAACGGAGUGUUGAGCAGUAAGCUGAAGGAGGUGGAGGAGGAUCGCGUCAGACUCCAGAGGACCACCAGCAUGCAGCAGACGCAGUUAGAGAAGCACCGAGCGCUGGCUGAAGACGCUAACAGGAACUGCGACGGCCUGCGCCAUCAAGUCACCGCGUUACAGAAGGAGGUGGAGGGAAUGAAAAGGGCUCAGAAGCAGGCGUCCAGCAGCCACAAUGCCACAGAGGUGAGACUGAACCGAGCUCUGGAGGAGGCCGAGAGGAGCAAAGCUGAACUCAACAAGCUCAAACAGAGCAGCAAGGACUCAGCGAAUCAGGAGCAGCAGAGGAUCGAAGCUUUACAGGCGGAGAAUAAAAAGCUGGAGAAACAGAAAGCUGAACUCAUCGCAGGCUUCAAAAAGCAGCUCAAGCUUAUUGAUAUUUUAAAAAGGCAAAAGAUGCACUUUGAGGCCGCGAGGAUGAUGUCCUUCACUGAGGAGGAGUUUACGAAGGCUCUCGACUGGGGCAAAUCGUAACACAUACACACAUAAGUCCUCAUCUGAGCUGUCAAAGACUCUAAGAGCUAUUGUUUAAAAUGUCUGAUCUGUAAAUGUAAUCUUUCUCUUCUUGUUCGUUUUUUUUUAAGUUCUAUCUAGUUGAUUAGAUAUGGCUCUCUUAAAAUUACAGUCUUUGAUAAUGUGUUUGGAAAAGGUUGUUUUUUUAAUUUUUAUUUUUUUACUGCUUUAAUUUGGAAGAAAAUAUUAAUUACAGGAUUCUUGAGCAGGUCUGGAAAAACGUGGAAUUUAAAGGCAUUCGCUGGAAAUGUACAGAAAAUUUAGGAAACAUUUUGGAAAAAGUAAAAAUGAUCAAAGCAAGUGAAAACACUGUAUAUUAAACACAGGCAGAUUGAUUUAAUAUUUUGUAUUAUAAUAUCUCAGAAAUUAAACACUUGGUGUUGUGCUACAGCCAGUUUUUUUUAAUCAAAGAA